GAAACAGAGGCCCUCUUAGGGGGAAAUUCUGACCAACAUACAUACACACUUGAUUGUUAUACUUGUAAAAUCAUACGCGCACCAUGGCCGAGAGAAAGUCCAGCACUAAAUAUUACCCACCAGAGUGGAACCCAGAGAAGGGCUCGGUUAAUAAGUUUCAUGGGAAGCAUCCGUACGGAAGUCGUGCUAGGAAGUUGGACAAGGGCAUUUUGGUCAUCCGGUUUGAGAUGCCUUGGAAUAUGUGGUGCAAUCACUGUGGAGACAUGAUUCCUCGUGGUCGUCGGUUCAAUGCAGAGAAGCAGAAAACGGGCGCCUACCUUUCCAGUCCUAUUUUCUCUUUCUCAUUUCGUUGCAACCGGUGCGCUGGCACUCUAGUCAUUCGGACGGAUCCGAAGACCAGUGAUUUUGUCGUAGUUGAAGGAGGUAGGCGAAAAGUGGAAUGGGUCGAGUCGGAGGAUGGUAAGGUUGAAGAGGAGCUUGGAGCUUGCAUCACGAACCUCGAAUCUCUGUCGCGCGCGCCGGACAAGCCUGUUGACCCUUUUGAAUUCGUAGAGCAGAUUUAUGAUAACAGCGAUUCCAAAUCUUCUCCUAUAGAAGAAGGUCCAAGCUACGACUUCGAGUCGGUUGCGCACCAGCGUUACGAUGAUUCUGUAGCCAACAAUCGCCUUUUGCGUAGUAUGAUGAGGCGAGAGCGCAAGAAAAUCAAGAUUUUGGAGGAAGAGACGCGUAAAAGAGGUCUCGGAAUCACAUUGCUGCCUUUUAUUGAAGAGGACGAGAAAGAAGCUCAGGAGACAUUCAAUCGAAUCUCCUCAGAGAGAGCUUCGCAGGUGGUUUCUUCGAAUUCGAGUUGUUGUUUGAAAUCUUGUAUUGACUCGUCUAGUAUUUUAACUGGAGUCCAAUCGUUAAAAAGGGAAAAGGUCGUUUCUAAACUAAGAAGGCAGGGUCUAGAUUGGACUAUUUUAAAGAAAAAACAAAUGCCAUUGACAUCUACUAAGCUCGGCUUGAAACAUACGAAGUUCAUGUCGGUAAUCGGACCUGCCGUCAAAGGAAAGGACAAUUUUGAGGUUCAGAAGUAG